AUGAAACUGCCACCUCGCAUAUUGUGCCGAAGGUUAUACCAUCCCAACGUCGUUGAGCAUCAGGUCAAACACCCGUUGUUUCCCCUCACGUAUGGCCCCCACUCGCUGCAGUAUAAGGUGCUAGAGAACACUCUAAGCAAAUACGUGCCUUUGUACGGAUUCGACGAGAGAGCCAUAGUGGCAUCGGCAAACGAGCUAGGACUCGGAGGAGCAGUGAUUUCAGCCCUUGGGGCGCAUAACUCGCCCUCUUUUUUCCACACGUCGCCUGCGGUACUGGAGCUAGUUAAAUUUCAUUUGGUUACCAAGAGGUACGCUUUGACGAACGCCCUGGAUCCCUCUAGAGCUCCAGGCGGACUGUCUUCCAUACCAGACGAGCUGCCAACGCUAGAGGCUCUCUUCAAGCGAAGACUAGAGCUCAAUGUUCCUAUUGGGUCGCACUUAACCCCUUUGUUGUCAAUGCUUUCGAUUCCUGGUGAGUACCUCGUGAACACUGCGCUGCCGGAGCUGCAUCGCCUUUCCGACGACUUAGUCUUCUUCUCGCAGGAAAAGGACUCUCAUGAUUUUGCGUGGUAUGCAAAACGCGCAGCUAUUUCCUGUGCCUUCGUGAGCUCAGAGCUUUUCAUGGCCCAGGACAAAUCCCACAACUUCAACAAGACAUUCGAGUUUGCCGAGGAAAAGCUACAUAAGGUCACCAAGCUAGGCGAGUACUACAACAACACGGAGGAAUAUAUGUGGUACACGCUGUUGACGAGUAUCAAUCUGGCCAAAUCUCAGCUCACCCGCGGCUGA